AUGGAGCUGGUUAACCACACGGUGGUGACUCAUUUCAUCCUCCUAGGGAUCCCCAACACCGACGGCCUCCAGACCAUCCUCUUCUUCACCUUCUUAGCGUUCUACCUCUGCACCCUGAUGGGCAACCUACUCAUCUUCUCAGCCAUCCUCGCCGACCCCCGCCUGCACACCCCCAUGUACUUCUUCCUCAGCAACCUCGCCAUCGUGGACCUUGGGUUCUCUUCUGUCAACAACCCAAAAUUAUUGGCCAUCCUCUGGGCCAACAGUAGAACCAUCUCGCUGGGCGGGUGCAUGGCCCAGGUUUUCUUCUUCCACUUCCUGGCGUACACGGAGUGUCUGCUCUGCACGGUCAUGGCCUGUGACCGCUCCUUCCAUGCCACCAUCCUCACCAGCCUGACCUUCACGCUGCCCUACUGCGGGUCCAAUGUGGUGGAUUAUUUCUUCUGCGACAUCUUCCCUGUGGCCAAGCUGGCCUGUGGGGACACAUACAUCCUUGAGACAGUGAUCUUCUCCAACACCGGGGUGGUGCCCAUGACCUGCUUCUCCCUUAUCCUCGUGUCCUACGUCCGCAUCUUCUACUCCGUUGUGAAGAUGAAUUCGAGAGAAGGGCGGCGCAAAGCGACCUCCACUUGCGCCUCCCAUCUGGUGGUAGUGACGCUGUUCUUCGGGCCCUGUGCCGUGAUCUACACCCAGCCCCAGCUGAGCAAAGAGAUGGUGACGGCUGUGGAGCUGUUUGGCUAUGUGGUGACACCCAUGCUGAACCCAGUCAUCUACACCCUGCGCAACAAGGAGGUGAAAGCGGGUCUGAGAAAACUGACCGGAGGUCGGACACCUGCACGGAAAGAGACCCAAAUGGGGCAGGUCAACCAUACGGUGGUGACACAUUUCAUCCUCUUAGGGAUCCCCAACAUAGACGGCCUCCAGACCAUCCUCUUCUUCACCUUCUUAGCCUUCUACCUCUGUGCCCUGAUGGGCAACCUGCUCAUUUUCUCAGCCAUCCUCAUUGACCCCCAUCUACACACCCCCAUGUACUUCUUCCUCUGCAACCUCGCCGUACUGGACAUUGGAUUCUCUUCCGUCAACAACCCAAAAUUGUUGGCCAUCCUCUGGGCCAACAGUAGAACCAUCUCGCUGGGCGGGUGCAUGGCCCAGGUCUUCUUCUUCCAUUUUCUGGCCAGCACCGAGUGCCUGCUGUACACCGUCAUGGCCUACGACCGGUACGUGGCCAUCUGCCACCCGUUGCGUUACCUGCUCAUUAUGAACCACAGGGUGUGCACCCUCCUGGCCGCCGGCACCUGGAUUGCCAGCUCCAUCCAUGCCACCAUCCUCACCAGCCUGACCUUCACGCUGCCCUACUGCGGGUCCAACGUGGUGGACUAUUUCUUCUGCAACAUCUUCCCAGUGGCCAAGUUGGCUUGUGCGGACACAUACGUCAUCGAGACCGUGAUCUUCACCAACAGUAGCAUGGUGUCCAUGACCUGCUUCCUCCUCAUCCUCAUGUCCUACGUCCGCAUCGUCUACUCCAUUGUGAAGAUGAACUCGGCUGAAGGGCGGCGCAAAGCGGCCUCCACUUGUGCCUCCCACCUGGUGGUGGUGACCAUGUUCUUUGGGCCCUGCGCCGUGGUCUACACCCAGCCCCAGCUGAGCAAAGCGCUGGUGAAUGCCGUGGAGCUCUUUGUCUACGUGGUGACGCCCAUGCUGAACCCGGUCAUCUACACCCUGCGCAAUAAGGAGGUGACCAUGGCUCUGAGAAAACUGAGGGGGUGGUCUGACACCGGCACAGUGAUGUGGGACAGCUGCAGGGGCAGAAAAUAA